AUGAGUGAACAUCAAAAAACUGAGAUCAGCACUAUAGCAGCACAGAAAAAGAUUACCGAACAGAUAGCUAAUGAUGCUCGUUGUAUUGAAAUGUGCAAAAUGCGUCAGAACGCGGCCAAUGUAUCGUUGUACAGGCGUAUGCAUUUAGAGUCAGAGGAAGAAAAGAUGUUCAAGAAUAUACAAAAAGCUGAAGAAGCUCAGGCCAGACAAAUCGCCGAGUUGGAACAAGAGCAAAAACUUGCUCAAGUGAUGGCAGAUUUAAAGCGUCGUGAAAUUGUCGAAAUAAAAACCAAUCAGUUACUUCAAAACAAUUCGCACGAACUUCGUCAUGUAGAGAAGCAAUUACGAACGGCUUAUGCAAAAAAAGAUUUAAUGUGUCAAAUUAAAGAAAAAGAAGCUUUAAAAAAAGAAGAGAAAGUUAGAGUAUAUUAUGAUGAUUUGAGAAUGAUAGAAUCUAGAAAUGACGAAAAUAAGGAGGAAAUAGAACAACAAACCCGACAAAAUGAACUUAAAUUAGAUUAUAAAAAGGCGAUCACAGAGCAAAUACAGGAAAACAUUACCGAAAAACAACGAGUGUCAUCACUAAAAAACAAUCCUUUUGUAAUUUUUGAAGCAACUGGAAGCAGUGAAGUACAAAAAAAUGUUAAAACGAAUUGUUCUCAAAAAGAUCUAGAAUUAUUUACAAAAAUGAAAAAUGAUCUAAAGGAAAUAGAACGCAAAGAAUCCGAUAGUACAAAUAAGCGGAUAGAGGAGUAUUUUAUGGAAAUUGAUAAGCGGAAUAAACAACAGGAAGAAUUUAAAAACCAGAAGAAAGUAGAAAAUGACAGAAUUUAUAAUUGCUUAGUUGAUAAUUUAGCAUCAUUGACGUCUCAUACAUCGAAAAAUAUUGAAAUGCAAAAUAAGCUCAUAUACGAAGAACAGCGAAGUGCUACUUGGUUGGCAGAGAAAAAAGAAAACGAUUUGAAAAUUCUGCAACGGGACAAUAUGCUGAAACAAAACGAAAUGCAAUUAAACAUUAAAAAAGACAAAGAGAAAGCAGAAAAAGAAAAAGAUCAUGAUCUAGACAAAAUAUUAUUGCAAAACUUCCAAGUCUUUAACGAAUUAGAGGAGAAAAGAAACGCUGAGCGAAGGCAAAAGAUGAUCAACUAUGGAAAAGAGUUAAAAAUGUCGAUCGACCAGAAAACCGAUCUAAGACAAAGACAGAAAAAGGUUGCGAUGAACGAAUUUUCGGAGGCUGUUAAAUUGGAGGAGCUAAGAAUGGCUGAAAUGAAAAAGGAACAGACAACUAUUGUUAAACAACAUGUGGAAAAUCUUGUAGGAUUUUUCCCACCGACUGCAAGAGAUCAAUAUGAUAUGAAUUAA